AUGGAAACCUUGUCAGAGACACCGUGGGAUGUGAUCAUUGCGGGGACAGGGCUUGCCCAAUCCCUCCUGGCGCUAGCCCUCUCACGAUCGGGAAAGAAAAUCCUCCAUUUGGAUCGGAACCCAUACUAUGGUAGUUCCGAGGCUGCUUUCAGCCUAGAUGAGGCCCAGGACUGGAUGGACGGUAUCAAUCAAAGUGGACAGUCUCCCUUUGAAGAUGUCAAGAUUUCCACUUUUCAGCAUCCCCAAGACUCCCCGCAAUCUACUACCCUCCUAGACGGCUCCGAGAGCAGCCCACGUCCGGCAGGCAUACCGGAAACCCACGCGAGCCUUGCGGCCAGCCGGGCCUACACUCUUUCCCUUUCCCCAUACUUCCUUUACACCCGCUCGCAACUAAUCUCUACUUUGAUAUCUUCCAAGGUCUACCGUCAGCUGGAGUUCAUGGCUGUCGGAAAUUGGUGGAUUCACUCCCCUGAGAAUCACAAUGCUGAGAACCGUGACCUCGGUGCUACCCGGACUUUCCAUCGCGUGCCGGGUAAUCGCGAAGACAUUUUUGCAGAUACCCAUAUCAGCAUGAAAUCGAAGAGGACAUUGAUGCGGUUCCUGCGGCACAUCAGCAAAUCGAAAGACGAGGGUGACGUUGAAACAGAAGAAGAAAUGUCUAUGCCCUUUGGAGAAUAUUUGUCUUCCAAGUUCAGUGUUCCUCAGGAUCUUCAUGCUCCCCUGCUGUCGCUGUCGCUAUCUCAGCUUUCACAACAGAGCACAUCUGCAUAUUACGCCGUUCCUCGGGUAAAGAGGCAUCUUUCGUCAAUUGGUGCUUUUGGGCCCGGGUUUGGAGCCGUAGUGGCAAAGUAUGGCAGCGCCUUUGAAAUUCUUCAAGUCGCCUGCCGGGCAUCGGCAGUCGGUGGUGGUGUAUAUGCACUUGGCACCGGCAUCCAAUCAAUCACAGACGGAGAUGUGACGGCAGAGGCUGAGUACCCUGUUGAGGUGCAGUUGUCCAACGGGGAGUCCGUGCGAAGCAAGGUGGUGUUUGGCUCUACCUGGGAGCUCUCUGAGAAGGAGCAGCUGUCGCCCACCACCAAGGUCGCGCGUUCCAUCACUGUUGUCUCUUCAAGUCUAGCCUCGUUAUUCCCCAUCACGGUUGAAGGGGCGCCGAUGGCUGCCAGUACGGUCCUCAUGUUUCCGGGUGACACGUUGGGCAGUCCUCAAUCCCCGCCGGUGUACCUCCAGGUUCACUCGAGUGACACCGGCGAUUGUCCACGAGAACAAAGUAUUAUUUAUGGUAGUGUAUCACUCCCCGGGCCUGAAGGCCACACGCUCCUUGAGUGCGCGGUUGACCGUUUGCUUCGAGCUGAGGGUCCUCAGGCCAUGGUGCUCUGGUCCAUGCGGUACAAUCAAGUGGGUCGGCUCAGUACCGACGGUACGCCGCCGAGUCUUCACACCCAUUCGCCUCAUGUCUUCAGCUUCCCGCCUUCGAGCCUUGAUCUGGCGUUCGAGGACGACACUGUCGAUACAGUUAAAGAGGCUUGGACUCGAAUCGUAGGAAACGAGGUAGACCAUGACGAUUUUAUGAUCUUUGUUGAUCGUGACGAUGCAUCCGACGAAUAA